GCGCAUCUAUUCCCCACCCCAAACCCGACAGACUUCAUUUCUUCCUGUGGUUCUUGCCUCAGUGAGGACCCUCCUCAACUUCGCUCCUCUCCUGUCCCUAGAACUGCUCCAUCGCUGACUGCCUGAGGUUCCGCUGCGACCUCCCCUCCUUUGGCAUCCAGGAGGAACUGGACUUCGUCCUGAAGGGCAACCUCAGUUUCGGCUGGGUCAGCCAGACACUGCAGAAGAAGGUACUGGUAAUGACUGUGGCUGAAAUCACGUUCAACAGAUCCGUGUACUCCCAGCUGCCAGGGCAGGAGGCAUUCUUGAGAACUCAGAUAGAGAUGGUGCUGGAGAAGUAUGAGGUCUACAACCCCAUCCCCGUUAUUGUGGGAAGCUCUGUGGGAGGACUGCUGCUGCUGGCUCUCAUCACAGCCAUCCUAUACAAGGUUGGCUUCUUCAAACGUCAGUAUAAAGAAAUGAUGGUGGAAGCAAGUGGACAGACUGUCCCAGAAGAUGGGACUUCAGGCCCUCAAGUUGCCCAAGAAGAAACUACCUCCUAUUGUCCCUUGGACCUGUUAUCCUCUGAGAGGUUUCCUGGCCCUCUUACUCCCACCUAAGUUAGGCCUGCAGGGGGAGAACUGUUGCACAUGAGGGAGGCUAGGAUCAGGCUUCUUUCUCCCUCUGGGAGGAUGCAAUGUGUCCACACAAAGUGCCUCGCCUGGGAAGGGCCAUUUGCCUUGUCAAGGCCGUAACUGGAAACCCCAGAACAGGAUCCUGACCAUGGCCCUGGGUGGAAUUGAUUUGGAUUUCUCCUUAGAAAUACAUGAACAGUAGCCUCAGGCUCCAGUCUCUCUUGCUUCACUUGCCACCAAUGAUCUUUCUAAAAUACAGGACCAAACAAGCCACAGUCCUCAUCUAUCUUUAGUGGCUUCUUAUAAUUUUCAGGUUGACAUCUGAACUACCCAGCUUGAUGAUGGGAUUCCAGUUCCAUUUCUAGAAAGUGGGCUUUGAUGCACAUACCAGCUCUGCGCUUCCUUACCAUCCUAUUCCUUAGUAAAAUACUGUCAGUAGCAGCA